CAAAUAUAUAAAACCACAGCUGGGCAAUACUGUGACAUGCUGAAAGGAAACUCAAAGAUAAAGGUUUCUCUUCGGGAUCUUUCAUAAUCGAGUGUUUCUAUAUUCACUACGACGGCGCUACUUUUGGAACAGUAAACAAAACUUUCCAGAUUCGUCGAUUCGACGGCGAAAGGAACAUUACCACGUUGCCGGUCGUCCCACUCCAAUGCUACGCAAAUGAAAGUGAGAUUCGCCAGAGAUUGGUAGCACGAGGGAAGAAAUUUGUUGAACUUUCGAAUUCUGCGACCAGGGCCCACCGGAUGUACAACGGUCUAACGUUAGAUAAAAUCCCAGAACAAGUGGAGUCUGGAAUCGUCAUUGAUUUUGAACUUGCAUUUACACACAUGAAAGUCGAGAAACCGCUUUUCGGAAUCCGAGACAAAGUAGUUGUCGACGAUACAAACGAGUUGGAAGAUGUUCGAAGUUUCAGUUCUAUCUGUGAAAGGCCAGGCUGUUGUGGAAAUGACAUUACGUUCCAUGACUAUCAAGUUGAUGAGAUAGAGCGCGAUCAGUUCAUGAAAGCGCAUGAAUACCUCAUAGACGACAUAUGGGAAAGUUCCGAUCAGCUGAGCCUGGAACACAUAAUUCUCCUGCCCCCUUAUGUAUAUGGGUUUGUUCUCAGAUCGAGACGAUGGGCCACCUUUGAUAUUGAAUUUGUCAACGAAAUCCCGUACAGCGACGAGGGUUGGAAAAAUCUGGUAAUCAAAAAAUACAUGAAAGACAUUAUUAUUGCCCUUGUCCAAAAUCACGAGCGGCAGUGGGGUUCUCAGACAAUGGCUCAAGGUGCAUUGCCAUCAGUCGACCUGGUCCAGGGCAAGGGACAAGGCCUAACAAUCCUACUCCACGGCCCACCUGGCGUUGGCAAAACGAGCACCGCAGAAUGUGUGGCUGCACUUACCGGUCGCCCUCUACUCCCUAUUACAUGUGGCGAUCUUGGCCAUACAGCGGAAGCCGUGGAAGGUAAUCUCGAAAAUAGUUUUCGGCUCGCUCAUAAAUGGGGUUGUGUCUUAUUAUUCGACGAAGCUGAUGUCUUCAUAAGCCAACGCAAGGUUGAUGAUGUGCAGCGAAAUGCAAUCGUAUCGGUGUUUCUAAGAAGUCUCGAGUACUACAGGGGCAUCUUGUUUUUGACAACGAAUCGGGUUGGAAAGCUUGACCGCGCAUUCAAGUCACGCAUCCAUCUUAGCCUACUGUACAAAGGGCUUAAUAGAAAACGCACACUUCAAGUCUGGAAGAACAAUCUCGAAAGAGUAGAGAAGGAAUUUAAUACAAAAGGGGAGGGGAUAAUCUGCCGACAUAGAGAGAUCCUCGAGUUCGCCGAGGGGCAGUACAUGGAAAAAAAGGACUCGGACGACGGCCUCAGCACUUGGAACGGCAGACAAAUCCGCAAUGCCUUCCAGACGGCCAUCGCUAUUGCUAUGUAUGAUGCGAGUCAGGAACCCGGGAACGUGGUCCCUAUUCUUGAUGCAUCACAGUUUGAUAAAGUCGCACGAACCUCCAACGAGUUUGAGUAUUAUCUGGAUCAAGUAACCUCGUAUACUGAUGAUCAACUUGCUAGGGUGGAGAUGGAAAGAAACGACAGGUACACCUCAAUUAAGGCACGUACUGCUCUAAACCAGGGUGCAUUUGAUCUGAAAGAUGGGAAGAAGGUGUGGAAGAAAAGGAAGAAUGGCAGACGCAAUAGGUCGGAUAUUGAGUUUGAAGACUCUGAAGAGGAUUCAGAAGAUAGUCCGGAUAAAGAUUCCGGAGAUUCAAGCCACAGUUCUGAAGGUCAGUCAACAAAGAAGAAGCGCAGAGAGCGGUAGUGACCGGUAUGUAUUGUAAUGUGCUUUCUAAUAUGAGAUACGAGGAAUGAAUGAUUACAAUUGAGAAGGGGAUUAAUAAGAUUCUAAUUAAUCUUGUGUUAGUGUCUUUACAUGACCGGGCGAACUCACCAUGGCGAUGAAACUAGGUAACUUAUCAUGAUGCUCACCAUUUUCAUCCCAAUGAUGCGACCGCGCGACCAGUGAUGGAGGGCUGCGUUUCAGACACCUAGAGGAUGAUAGGGAACCGCCGAAUACGUCUUCUACGACGAGACUUGGAGCUUUGAGAUAGUCAAUUGAAUGAUAAUAUGAGCACCUCCAAGAUGCAUAGGAACAAUAUACCCAUUUGAACCGUCUGGAUGGU